ACAGUCCACCACGAGACAACAUUCAACCUUGUAGUGAAGGAUAAACGAACACCGAAGUAGCACAGAACAUUGAAUUAUUCCGAACAGCAAAAUAAUACAAAGCGCAUGCACAGAACAUACGAUUUUUACGUAAUUUUUGAAGUGGAAAUAUUUUUGGCGCCAAAAUCACAGAAACUCAAUUAACAACAAAGACUUAAAGAAAAAUAAUUGAAAUUUUAUAAAAAAUCGAAAAAAGUGAAAAAAUUAAAACAAAAUGGCAAUUGCAUAUUAUAUACCCGAUCAGGCGAAAUUAUUGGCUGGACGACGUCAAAAUCGCGAGGCAGCCAAUAAUCAAAGAAAUGCGGCAUCAAGUCAAACACCACUCACAAAUCAAUCAUCGAGGCCGACGGAUGCAACACCAUCCAGUCCAUCAGCGACAUCCAGCGAUAGGGGCUAUGGAACUACCAUUAAUGUAACAGUGCCUACUGCCAAUACACCCGCCGAGGCCACCGGCUGUUGGGAUUUCCUGGCCCAGGUUUUUUGUCAUGCCCUGAGGUUUUACCAUGAAUCAUCGCAACUGCAACCGACGGUUAUACAAAUUUCCGUUAAUUUCCAAAGUCAAACGGCUGAAGCAACCACCGACAACAACAAUUCAACAGAGGAGGCAACAGAAAAUUCUACCUCAGCGGAAAGUUCCGCGGGAGCCACAGCGGCAGCAGAAAAUUUAACAACUCCUGCCGCAGCUAACACAACAACGGUGACGGGAAAUACCAACUCCAACUCAACUCCUGUUGUCAAAAAACCGUCGCAUCGAAGAAAUACCAACCAGCAGGAUGAAAAAUCACCCAAAACCAAAACCCAUGGCAAAAGAAAAAAUUAAUUUCUUAAAACUAAGCUUUAAAUUGUUUUUAUUAUUUUAUUUUGUAUUUUAUUUUAUAUUUCAUAUUAUCGAUGGAAUUGUUUUCAUUUACCAAAAAAUCCAUAGUCAGUCUUUUAGAUAUUUUUUUUCCUCUCUUCAUUUUGUAAAAAAAUACAUUUUCUUUGGUAGCUCUUAGCGGCUCAAUCAAAGCGUAUUGUGAUUCCGAAAAAAGUAAAAACACAAAAGUUUCUUAAAAAAAUACUCUCAUAAAAAAAAACUUGAACAAAAAAAUUGUAAAACAUUAAUAAUAAAAAAAAACAUUUUCAAAAAUUACAUACUCAAAAUAUUUUUGUAUUCAAUUUUUAAUAACAGCUGACAAAGUGAUGUGUAACAAUUAAAUGGGUUUUUGGUUUGAAAUAUUUGAUUUUGUAAAAACCUUUUUUUAGGUUUUUUACACCAACUUUUUUGGAAGUCUUUUUUGAGAUGGAAGUUGCCGGCCAAUUCUAGUAAAACAGUACAGAACUAAGGUUUCUUGAGAUAUUUCUUGGAAGUAAUUGUAUUUUCUUAAUUAUUCAUACAGAGACAAAAUGUAAAUUGCAAAUUAAAUCAUUGAAAAUAAAAUGAAAUAUU